AACAGGUGAUCCAGUCUUUAGAAGAAUUAAUUGAGCCAUUACUUGAGGACAGUAAAACAUUAUUUGAAGCUAUAGAAAAAUGUUAUCCACUCAAACAAGAAAGUGACUAUAAAAAAGAAUUUAUACAAGCUUUUAAAAAUUUAGCAGCACCACAAUUUGCAAAAGAAUUCUUAGAAUAUUCACCCAAGGACUUAGAAAAUAUUCUUUGGAAUUAUGAUGACUACGAAGAUAUAGUUAUUAUCAAAGCAAUUAUAUGUGGAGCAAAUAUUAAUACAGAACUCACACGCGGAGUCUAUUGGACGCCUAUUUCUACCGUUGCUAUUCCUAUCAUAUCGUAUAAAAAAAGUUUAUUAAAUUACGCGAUAGAGCAGUCUAAUUAUAGAUUAAGUUUUGCUUUGAUUUUCUUAGGAGCUGAUCCAAAUGUUAAAGUCAGAAGGAACGUAGGGAAAACCCUUAUAAACUUAGAUAAAGAUACAACCCCGCUUAUAACUGCAGUAAAUCAAUUAAAUUUAUCAAUAGCUACAUUACUACUGGAAAAUAAAGCUGAUCCCAAUCUUGAUAAUGAUUUUCAAUCUCCUUUGCAUUACGCUGUUGAUAAAUCUCAUUUAGAACUCGUAAAGCUUCUUAUAAAAUAUAAAGCAAAUUGCAAUACAAAAGGCAAACGUCUCAUUGCUCCUCUAAAUCCUCAUACGAGAGAGGUGACUCUUAUGGAAAAAUGCAUAUAUAAAAAAGACUUAGCCGAAGAAAUUGUACCCCACAUAAAUAUAAAUCAUCUAUUAGAACUUUGUUCAUUAAAUUCUCGUUUGGAUCACCAAGAUAGGCAAUUUCUUUUAGGAUUAAUAAAACAAGAACUCAAAUUUAGAAUGGCUAAAUUACCUCCAGAAAUACGCUUAAUAAUUCUCAAAGAAUGGAUGAACUUAAUUAUAAAUAAUUGUGAAUCUGUGGA